AUGCCGCCCAAGCAGGCUGCGAAGGGAGGCCCCGGCGCACCAGGUGAUGAAGGGGAUAGAGGCAGCCAGGGUGGGUGGGGGUGUGAUGGCGUUGGUAAGGAGGAGAGUGGGAAAGGAGGGAAGGGAGGCAAGGGUGGCAUUGGUGCACCUAGAGGGAGGGGCGGUAAUGGAGGCGAUGGAGCGCCUGGUAGGAAAGGUGGGGAAGUGGGUGGCCAGGACAAUUACUUGAAGAAGGUGUUUCGUAGGGGCGGGCCCGGUGGCGGCGGCGUCUACUCCGGCAUCAACUUUCUAGGAGCUUCGGUGUUCUUCUCAACUGUUGUCGGUAAUUCCGACGCCGUCGCUGCUGCCAUCAUCAGUGGUGAAUCUAGCCAACAAAUGAGGAGGGGGCUCAUCUUCCUUCUCUUCUUCUUCCUCCCUCCUUCUUCUUCAUUCUUUCUUCCCAAAAAUGGAGGGGAGAUUGGGGGUAUCCAUUGA